UAUCUUCUGAAGAUUCUGAAACAAUCCGAAAUCAAAUUAAAAAAUAAUUAUAUGUCGAGUUCAAUCUCCCACUUAGAUUCGGCCAAUAUUAACAUUAAUGGCGGAAGGAGAUGUGCAGCCUGCAAGUAUUUAAGAAGAAGAUGCUCGGAAGAUUGCAUUUUGGCCCCUUAUUUCCACCAUUCUCAGCCUGAAAGGUUCGCUUCUGUUCAUAGGAUCUUUGGGGCCGGUAAUGUUGCCAGAAUGCUCCAGCAACUACCACUUCAUGAUCGGGCUCAGGCAGCUGAUGCAAUCGCAACUGAGGCCCACUGGCGCGUUCAGGAUCCUGUCUACGGCUGCACGGAGAGAAUUGUCUGUUUGCAACAUGAGAUUAGUAAGGCCCAGAAUGAGCUUGCAGUAAUGAAAGCUCAGAUUGCAAUCCACAUAGCUCAUCAUGAAAAACAACAGCAUAGUGAGGCCCAAUACUACCAAUGUUAUUUGAAAGACAAUGAUUCGUUUGUGCCGUACUGGCCCAAUUUGAGACCAGAUUUCAUUUAG